UUUUUAUUAUUAUUAUUAUUAACUCGGACUAUUUUGUUUUCACCUUCAGAAACAAGCAGUUCACAGAGUCCAAACUACAACAAGUGCCACACCAAAGUCCUUUCACUCUCGAACAAAGCAAUUGUAAGUUGGUCAGGCAAUGUCAAAAAGUUGACACCGGAUUUAUAUACUGGGAUUUGUUUUGGGAAGUUUCAUCACUACAGUCCAAUUACCAUCUUGUGCUGGAACAAAACUACCGAAACAUUCAGCUUUUUGAGCCAGUAUGAUGAUCAAACCUUUCAGAACCCCCAAGUAAAGAUAGAUGAGGAUGGCGGCGGCAUUGAGGUGUCUGUGGAGGUGCCAUUGGCGAGGAAUACUGGUCAGACAGUGUUUUGGGACGUACAGUGGGUUGGAAUGCACAACAGAGUUAUAGAUGAAAUGCUUUUCUGUUUCUACAAAGUUGGUAAGCGAGUAGGCAUACUGCGUAAUAUGGAUAUACCCGAGGCUACUUCCUAAGGGAAUACAUAUGGCUGGGAUGUAAGUGAACUUAGUCUACUGUUCUGCAGAGAAUGACCUGAACUCUCCGGCCAACAUUUAACACCUAGAGACUGAGGAAAUUGUCUUGUUAGUUACUUAGUAAGUAAGUAAUCGGUUUUAUCAAUAACAGGCUUAACCCUUAUCUUACCUUUGCCUGUCAAAAUAUGGGAAUUGGCCCUUGUUUUUAUUUAACGAGCCUUACUUAAGUUUUGUUUUGAAGGUCACUUAAAAAGUAACUACGCAAAAUCUUCUUCUUCUUCUCAUUAAAUUUUCUUUUGUUGCCCUGCACCAGAAUGACUGAAAGGGCUUUGCAAAGAGAAUGUUAGCUUCCAAGAUAGCAGCGAGUGUCUACGUUCAAAAGUUCGAAACAAAAUCUAAGAACAACAAUUAAGAUCAGCUUCGGUAUUUGCGUUACUGAUAGUAGAACUGCUUCUUUCUACCAAUAUCAGCACUGCAAUGGAACAAAUAUUCAACAACAACAACAAAUGCUUUAUUUGCAUGACCAUAAAGGAAUUACAGUAUUGCAAAAGCUAUUAGUCUAAAUUUAAGAACUAAUUCAACUAUAUAGUACGUGCAAAACAUUACAAAACGUUCAGUGUUGCCAGCUAUUUAAUCAUACCAUUUAUACGUUUUAUCAUUAUCAAAAUGAAAAAGUUUAAUUUACUUCUCUUAUUAUUUUAGAAAGUCCUGGUUGUGGCAGUAAAGUGCAAAAGACAGUUUUGGGCACAAAAACAAAACCAGGGGGGUGGCCCUGGCAAGUGUCAAUAAAACACCAAUCCCAAGGGCACUGGUGUGGAGGCUCGGUUAUAGACCAGCGAUGGAUCAUAACAGCCGCACAUUGCUUCGAUGGACAAGAUCACAAAGACUUCACUGUCGUUGCAGGUAGGUAGAAAAACAAUCUAAAUAACAAUAAUAGUUGUAAUAAUAGUAAUGAUGAUGAUAAUACGCUGGAAGAACAUAUAGACCUCUUUGGCUAACUCAAUGAUGUACCCAAUUCAAACCCUUUGGGAAUCAACGUUUUGUUUAAGGAAUUUCCAUAUCAUUUAAAUGUGAAUGCAACAUUAUAAUGCAAAUACAGUACACAAAGAAUCUUAACCCCGAGAGAUUUGAAUUGGGUACAACGUUAAGUUAGCCGAAUAGGUCUAUUGACUAGUUGUUAUUCAUUACUUCAAUCUUGAAUUAAUACAUCAUUAUAUACAUAUACAUUGAAUUUCUCUCGACAUUGACGUGCAGUUUUUCGAAAAGUAUUGCAAAUGAUGACAAAUCAUCAAGCUCGAUCCCAGGCGCUCCCUAAGAGACGACAAAUCAUCAAGCCUGAUCCCAGGCGCUCCCUAAGAGAGACACUGAAGGGCUUUUCUCCUGACUCGUCCCUAAUCCUCUCUUUUCAUUUGUAAGCGCCCACGGGAUAGUCGCAGGAGACUAUUACGUCAUUCGGGGAGGGGAACGAUAGGAAGGAGAGAGGCGGGAAAAGAAAACUUCCUAUUUCCUUCGCGCGUAUCUUCCUCGCCUUUUCCUCAUUAAUAUUCAAUUAAGAGAUAAAAGGACCACUUGGGGCAUAUUCCCUUAGAAAUUGAAUUGGAGGAGCGGGAAACGGCCGGCUGCUUCCGGAAAAACCUGGCUGGCUUUGUGACAGUGCAUAUAACAUGUCAUACACGUCCAAAACACCUUUGACCGCCACGUCCAUAUUUCUUUUCCCUUAAACUAGGUGACCACCAUCUCCAUACCUCUGAUGGAUUCGAGCAAGAAAUUUUUAUACGAGGACUCUACAAACAUCCUCGAUACAACAUAAACAGUAUUUACAAUUACGAUGUGGCAUUACUGAAGCUGAACGCAACUCUACAAUACAAUGACCGAGUUCUACCCGUCUGCCUUCCAAAAACAGACUUUGCUACAGGGUGGAAGUGUUUCGUGACUGGUUGGGGAAAAUAUGGUAAAUGGAGUACUAAACAGAACUUCAAGGUAUCAAAUUUUGUUUUGCCUUGAGCAUAAUAUUUGUCUUUUAACCACAUUUCCCUUGAGUGCACCCCACUCUCUCUCUCUCUCUUUCCCUCUUGUAAUUAUUUCCCGUCAGUCUUUGAGAUAUUUCGUUAUCUUCUGCUCAGGUUUUGAAGCAAGCCAAACUUCCUCUGGUGUCACGUGUUUCUUGCAAAAGAAGAUACAGGAACUGGCAUUCUUUUGGUUAUCGGGUCACAAAACGCAUGCGUUGUGCUGGUUACCCUAAGGGAGGAGAUGGUGUGUGUAAAAGCGACGUUGGAGGGCCCCUGGUGUGUGAAAAAAACCGAAAGUGGUACUUAAUGGGUGUGGCCAGUUGGAGUGCUGGGUGUGGACCUUACGAGGGGUAUGGCGUGUAUGCGGAUGUGUUGAAGCUCAAGAAAUGGAUUCGAAAAACAAUACAAUAUUCACAGUGA